AUGAAUCUGUUAGAAGUAAAAAAAACAGAGAAUGUUAAUUAUUCUUUAUGUUGUGCUUAUGGCAAAGUUGAACUACCAGAGCUAAAUAAUGCACCUCCAAGUUAUGAAAAUCUUUAUAGAUCUGGAGAUUCUAAAAGCAAACACUUCAUGAAGAACAUUCGUCGUUGCAAUUCUAUGUUUUCUUUUACAUCAAUGGGUGGCAAAAUUGAUUCAUCAAUCAAUAGAGGAAAUGCUCCAUACACUUUUAGACUUAGCGGUCAAAAUUAUCAUAGUAUUGGAAGCCUUUUACCAGAACAUGGAUCUAAACCAAAGUUCUCUCAGUUGUACAUAUAUGAUACCGAUAAUGAGAUCGAAAAUAGACAAACAUGUCUUGGUGGAGAAAAUCAACAAUCUACAUCAAAUUCUUCUGUCGUUGAUAAUGAUAUUAUACAAGAUUUAAAGUUGAUGUUAGAUUCAAAUAACGUUUUGGUUCAGUCUUAUAGAAUACUUAGAGAUUGUUUUCAUGAAAACCCUCAUGUUGAUAUCAAGUUGAGAAUUAUUGGAAGAAGGGAACAAGAUUGA